AUGACAGAGUGCUUGGUUGAUAACAGUACCGCUGAGGUGACAGUAGCGGAAGACAGUGAUGACGAGUUUGCUUAUGAAGAGGUUCCUUUGGAAGAUGAGUAUUCUGUAAUAGAUGGAGAUGAGGAUUUGGAAACAGCUUUUACAACAGUGCAAGAAAAGACUAGUGAUGAAUUGUUAGCGCAAAAGACUGAGCCAGUGAAAGCCACAGUUACAACAAGACCAGAGAUUGUGGAAGAUUUUGUGAGGAAUUUUCUUGUUAAAAUGGGAAUGACAAGAACACUAGAUUGUUUUCAGACUGAGUGGUAUGAGUUGUUGCAAAAAGGAUUACUUAAUGAAGAGGAUGUGAGAGUUGUACCAGACAUUUAUGUGAAAAACCAGCAGUUGGAUGACAUGGUGGCUACUCUCCGUCAAGAAGUAAAUAAAUUCAAGGAAGCUGCUGAAAAGGCAAAGCAGACAUUUGUCAGGUUGAAAAAAGAAAGAGAUUUUCAUCGCAUGCACCACAAGAGAGUUGUUCAAGAGAAGAACAGGCUUAUUACUGACAUUAAAAGACUGAAGAAGCACUAUUCCUCCUAUGAGCCCACCCUUCAGACUCUGAAGCACAAAUAUGAGGUGGCCAUGAAGGAGAAAAUGUUGACCAAACUUGAAAGAGACAGAGCAGUUGGACAGAUGACUGGGCUUCAGACAACUCUUCAUCAAGUUGGAGGGAACCAAUCAGAGCUCACUCAAGGUGGAGAGGUUCAGAAAAAAGUGUCACAGUAUCGCCCUUCAGCUGGACGCAGAGAUGAAGCUGAUCCUCAUCUGAUGGUGCAGAGUAAACAUCCAAAGGAUUCAGAAUUCCCUGCUGACAGUCGAGUCAAUCCUCAGCUUGCACAUCACAGGGGCCCGUCUGCGCAUUUGACUCGUUCAGGUGGCUUUAGAUUGACGCAUACCAUCAGUGCUCAUAACCUACCAGUCAGCGGACUUGCUCUGCAUCCUAGAAAACAAGUGUUGGCCACAGUCAGUGAUGACUGGAGCUGGAAGAUGUGGGGUGUGCCAAGUGGUGACAUCAUUAUGACAGGUGAAGGACACAAGGAUUGGCUCUCCGACUGUGACUUUCACCCCGGGGGCGCUCGUCUGGCCACUUCAUCCGGUGAUGGGACAGUUAAGAUCUGGGAUUUUUCCAAAGCGGAAUGUGUGCUGACCUUCACUGACCACACCCAUGCGGUGUGGGGCUGUUCCUGGCACUCGUGUGGUGAUUUUCUGGCUUCGUGUUCCAUGGAUAACACCUCUAAAGUCUGGGAUGUCAACAGUGAGCGCUGCCGACACACUUUGCGCGGUCACGCUGACUCUGUAAAUAGUAUAGUGUUCCUUCCAUACUCUAACACGUUGCUGACCUGCUCUGCUGAUAAAACGCUCUCUUUGUGGGACGCCAGAACGGGACUCUGCGCUCAGACGUUUUACGGACACAUGCAUUCCUGCAAUCACGUGGUGUUUAAUCUGAAGGGUGAUACCGUUGCCUCGUGUGAUGCAUAUGGUGUUGUCAAAAUGUGGGACGUGCGAACUGUGGCCUGCAUGAAAACUGUAGAUCUCGGGCCCCACCCGGCCAACCGCCUAGACUUUGACCCCAGUGGCACAGUCCUUGGAGUCGCAAGUAAUGAUGGGACGGUCAAGAUGAUUGAAGUGGCAACAGGCCAGGCUCCUGAGCUCACUGCGCAUGAGGAUGCAGUACAAAGUGUAUUGUUUGAUCGUGUAGGAGAGUUCUUGGUUAGCGGUGGAUCAGACGGAACUGUACGAAUAUGGUCGUAAAAUGAACAUCGAAAAUCAACUUGUAACUACUGUAUAUAACUUUCGAUAGUCGCUGAUAAUAACUGAGAUAUCUGCACUUAAGAGGACUGUUUCCUUUGUAAGCGGCUAACAGUAAAUUGUUGUCAUGUUUACAGCACGUUGAAAUAAAAACCGUGCCCAGUUUAGUGAACUUGAUUUCAAAGGUGAUGUGAUUAAAAACACGGCAGGCUAUCAAAGGCGAUAUAUCUUUAUAUUGUUGUUGUGUUGCACGGAGUUUUUUAAAAUAAAUAUAUUGGUUUAUUGCG